AUGGAUGGUAUGACUGCUUAUAACAACGGCCCCCAGCCCGGUGCCAAUGGUGCCAAUGGUGCCGGAGAUGCUUAUGGAUCUGCCGCGCCGGGUCCCAUGCCUGGAUAUGCUCCCGGUAAUGUCAACGCAGAGAUGGCUGCUGCCAACAUCCCGUCUUCUGGCACUCCUUCGGAGGGCAACAAGACGACACUCUGGAUGGGUGAACUGGAGCCUUGGAUGGACGAGAACUUCAUCAAGGGCGUAUUUUUGAGCGCCGCGGGCGAGAAUGUCAAUGUGAAGGUCAUUCGCGACAAGAACUCGGGGAAUGCCGGCUACUGCUUCGUCGAGUUCUCCACCACCGAAGCCGCCUCCAAGGCUCUUACCCUGAACGGCAACCCGGUUCCCAACUCGGCUCGCAUGUUCAAGCUUAACUGGGCUUCUGGUGGUGGUAUCAAUGAUCGCCGUGACGAUCGCGGUCCCGAGUACUCCAUCUUUGUCGGCGACCUCGGCCCCGAAGUGAACGAGUUUGUCCUCGUGUCGCUUUUCCAGUCGCGGUUCCCGUCUUGCAAGUCUGCUAAGAUCAUGACCGAUGCGGUCACUGGUCAGUCCCGCGGCUAUGGCUUCGUUCGCUUCACGGACGAGUCGGAUCAGCAGCGGGCGCUCGUAGAAAUGCAGGGAGUUUACUGCGGAAAUCGCCCUAUGCGGAUUUCGACGGCCACGCCUAAGAACCGGAACCAUGGCGGCCCGUAUGGUGGCCCCCACGGCCCUCAGAUGCCCCCUGCCAUGCAUCCCCAUCAGCAGGGGUUUUAUGGCGUCCCGCCCGGUCCUGCCUUCGGUGGUCAGGGAUACGGCGCCGCGCCGUUCCAGCAGCAGAUGAACCAGUUCACUGAUCCCAACAACACCACGGUCUUCGUCGGCGGCCUUUCGGGGUACGUCACCGAGGAUGAGCUUCGAAGCUUCUUCCAGGGCUUCGGUGAAAUCACCUACGUCAAGAUCCCUCCUGGCAAGGGCUGCGGCUUCGUUCAGUUCGUCCAUCGUCACGCGGCCGAGAUGGCGAUCAACCAGAUGCAGGGAUACCCGAUUGGCAACUCGCGCGUCCGGCUCAGCUGGGGUCGGUCGCAGAAUAACUCGGGCGUGGGUACACCGUACCGGCCCGCGCCUCCUCCGCCGCACUACUUUGGACCCGCCGGUCCCGGCGGACCGGGGGCUGCUCCUGGUGGAUAUGGCCCGCCCUUCGGUGGACCUCCUGGUCCCGGCGGCCCGCCUCCUCCUCCUGGCGCUGGUGCCCCAACGCAGGUUCGUCCGUUUGUUCGUUAA